AUGAUUAACUGCCAGUCACUUUUAUGCGUUCUAAUUUUAUCUGAUGUUGCGUGGAUGAAUUGCGCACAAUACGUGAAAAAUAGUGCUCUAAGGAGAGAAAAAAGGACUUUAAUUUGGCCUGAAGGUGGCAGCAAGCUGCUGGCGAUCUGUGGCUUCGGCAUUCCAGUUGAUUUAAAACCAGAAACUGUUAUAGUCGGCAUGGUACUUAAGGCGAACUAUAGGUUUCCGACAAAUGCGUCAGAAAUAACUAACCCUAUUGUUACGUACGCAAGAAAAAAAAGAGCCCUUAAUAGAUGGGAUUUGUAUGCUUUGUUGUCACAAGCUUUGGAAAUGAAAGGAUUUAGGGGAAAAUCUUGUCUGCUGCGAGCUAUUUGCGAAGUGGCUCAUACGCCUGUGGUAAGAAAUUUUGGAUUAUUCCAUGAGUUGGUUCACACCUUUUUUACACCCACCAGUACCAACGAUAAACUUAAUCGGCACAGCGAUAAUGAAUAUUAUGCUGCUCAAAUGUUUGGUAAAAAGAAGCAAAAUUGCGAAAACAUUUUCAAAGACUGUACCACCAGUUUUUUGGACAUCUUUACAGUACUUGAGAGUACAAUUUUGUUGUAA